UAGUUUAAAGAUUUUGAAAUCCACUCAAACAGGCAGAACCCUUCUCCUUAUGAUCUUCAGUUCCCUGACUGACACCAACUCUUCUUGCCCAGACCACACCUUCUGGCACACCUGCUUGUAAUAUCUAUAUAGACAAGCUACCAAGUUGGAGCUGCAUUUCCUCUUUGGAAUACACCAUGAGGGUGACAACCAACACCACCAUUUUCUCUCCAGAGCAACAAAACGUAAUCAGACAAAACACCUUUUUUUAUGUCAUGUUAUUCAGUUAGCAAGCUCAAGCAUUUGACCAAAUGUCAAGUCACUUUUUGGGGAUUUGGCUUUCUGAAAAUAUUCAGAUCUAUCAAGCUGAGGAACCUCCAAACACCAACAUAGCUGCUGAUUGCCAAGCAGAAACAGUUCACCAGAGAUUCAUUUACAGUAAAAUUUUUGUUUAGCUCAUCCUGUUCAACAACAUUCCUUGACAAGGAGUGGAUGUGAUUUUUUCCAUCACCUGUUGGCCUGGAUAGAUGCGUUUAUCAUGAAGAUCUACUGCACAGUGCAGAGGCAAUGUUACCUAUGUUCAGGAAGUGGAAGAGGGGAGGAGGAGGGGAGGAGAGGGCUGAGGAAACACAGUCAGGCUUGAAUUUACAAAGCUUGUGCAGGUCUAACUUGCUGUGAAUGGCUUCAGUCAAGCAUUCAUUUCGUUGACCCGGGAUGAGACACCAGUUAACAGAGCUUUGAUGGACAUGCUGGGAAUGUGAAACGCCGACAUCCAGGAGGACUUGCAUACAUUUUUCCCUGAAUUGUGAUGGAUCCUCCUGAAAGGCCAAAUGGAAUGAUUCAGAGGCGAGAUUCAUGCAUCACUGACUUGCCCAUGCCUCUACAAGCUUUCAACAUUUAUGAGGAAAUUCAGGAGACUAUUGAAAACGGACAAGACCAUGCACCGCCGCCUCUUCCCCCCCGGACACGGGUGCCCCUCAGCAACAGCCAAAAGCACCUAUCCUGUGACCUCAAUAAGCCUGCUCACAAACUUGUUCGUUCCAAUACAGAAAUAAACAAUGAUGAUCUAUGGACCAUCAAACUAAUGGACACCCCACAAGGCAGCACCAAGAGGCUGGCUUCAUUUUGUCAGGCAACUUCCAAGCUGAUGUCACGUUACAAACACACAGACAGUGUUCAUAACUCAGGUGUGGUUUGGGGUCGGUUGUUACAAAUCCACCCCGCCCUGCUGCAGCAGGUAGAGGUGACUGUCAGUGUGGCCACUGAGUGGGAUGAUCACCAACUUCACUUACCCACCUCAGUGAACAGGACAGUGAAGAGUCUGAUUGAUGAAAUCUUCCAGCUGCUGGAUCGCACUCCCAACACAAGUGGCCGUUAUGUUCUCAAACUCUGUGACUCUGAGGAGUAUCUCCAAAAUGAGGAACUGCUAGGUAUGCAUGAGGUUAUCCAGAUCUACUACAAGCUUAAACUAGUAGUUCCCCUACGACUGCUUCACAUGAACAACAUCAAGCACCUUCUGGCCAGGGAUGGAGCAGAUGACCAGACCCAGUGCCAGCUGUACCAGUACCUGCAUCCUGUCCGUGUUUUUAACACCUCCAAGUAUAGCCUGCACAAGCUGCUCCUUAGCUACAGCAAAGAGAUGACAGGACUAAUGAAGAGUAAGUCUGGGGCGAAUAUUAACACACUCGUCAGACGUGUUCGCACCAUCAGCAAUCUUCUGUGCGGGAUCUCAUGUCAGGAGCUGGAGGAUGCCAUUGGCUGGCUCAACAGACUCAAUCCAAUAUUUCUGAGUCAAGAUGAGACAUCAGAUUAUGAAAGUGGGAUGGUCAUGCUCCAUGGGGCGCUGCUAAAAGUGCUGCAGAUCUUUUUUGACAACUUCCUGACAGACUUCAAGGCGCAGGAGGUGACGUGCUAUGGGCAAACCCGUUCUGUGGACCACAACAAUGAAGUCUUGGAGUUCAAGAUUGCUGCACUUUACAAACUACUUCCCACCUGGAGGACCAGUUAUGAGUGCUUCUCUGUUUCCUGUCAGUUGACAUAUGGAGGAGUGAAGCUCUCCAACACCGGCCAUUCUGAAAACAUCAGCACCGCCUUGUUAUUUGGAAACCAGAUCUACUGUAACCGCGUGAUGGUGUUCCCUGUUCCAGUAAAUGAGCUGCCAUAUGAGAGCAUGUUGACGUUUCACCUCAAGGGCACUAAGAAAGGAAAGAGCCCAGAUCUUUUAGGCUGGGCUGUGCUACCUCUUUUCAGCAACAAGACUCUGGCAAAAGGAACCAUCCUGCUCAGUAUGUCUACAAUGACAGGGAUGCCUGCUCCUCCUUCCCCUGCCCUGUUUGACAGCCACACACAGGCACUCGGGGUCAUUCUGCAGCUCGAGUUUCAAGAUCAAUUCCAAUGGACAUAUUGGAGGCCCAUCGCACUCCCUGGUUCAAUAAUAUUCUCUCAACCUUGUGAGACACUACAAAAGAGAAUGUUAGAUGUCUCAAAGAAGCACUGCCUCUGCUUUCUAACGGAAAAUGAGAAGUCUUUCCUCUGGGAAAAGCGGUACUACUGUAACAAAGAAAAUGCUUUCUUGCACCUGCUGCUGGGUGGAGUCCCCCAGUGGAGCCCUAUAAACCUCACAGAAAUCUAUACUAUCAUUGAGAACUGGCCCAUCCAUUUACCUGAGGAGGCUCUCUUCCUGCUCAGUGACAGUUUCCCUGAUCAGACUGUGCGGCGGACUGCAGUUCAGUACUUUGAACAGAUCCCAGAUGGAGAGCUGGAGGUUUUCCUGCCACAGCUUGUACAGGUUUUGAAGAGUGAGUGGGAGCUGGAUGGACCUCUGGUGAUGCUGCUGUUGGAGAGAUCACUGAAGAGCAUACGAAUCGCCCAGCAACUCUACUGGCUGCUGGAGGAUGCCCACAAUGAGCCCUACUACCAGAGUUGGUAUAGUAAGAUCAAGGCUGCCCUGUGGCACUGUUGUGGCCAGGCACUGAGGCAGGAGCUGGAGUACGAAACCUCCCUAGUGUCUGUGCUUGUACAGGUUGCUGAGAAGGUCCGCACUGCUGAAAAGGCUCGACGCAAGAAUGUUUUGAAUAAAGAAAAGUGCAAGAUCAGUGAGGUCUUCAGCAGUGGGAUCAGCUGUUGUCUGCCACUGGAUCCUGCAGUCCGUGUAAAGGCAGUGGACCUGGAUGCCUGUAGGUUCUACAAUUCCAAUGCUGCUCCUCUUGGGAUCUCAUUCAUCUGUACUGAUCCUCUGGCCAAGAAUGUCAGUGUCAUUUGUAAGACAGGAGACAACCUGCGUCAGGACAUGCUGGUACUUCAGAUAGUCCGUGUGAUGGACAGAGUAUGGCUCCAGGAGGGGCUGGACCUGCAAAUGAUCACCUACAGAUGUCUCUCUACUGGCAGAGCACAGGGUGAGGUGGAUUUAUACACACUGGAGAAAUGGUUCCACAUGUGGAACAAAACUAAGGAUGACUAUGAAAAGGCUGUGAUGAACUUCAUCCACUCGUGUGCAGGGUGGUGUGUGGCCACAUUCAUCCUAGGAAUAUGUGACCGCCACAAUGACAACAUCAUGUUGAAACACAGUGGACACAUGUUCCACAUUGACUUUGGCAAGAUUAUGGGCAAUGCGCAGAAGUUUGGAAGCUUUAAAAGGGACCGGUCACCGUUCAUCUUUACAUCUGAGAUGCAGCAUUUCAUCACAGGUGGGGGGCAGAAGCCUCAGCGCUUACAUCGCUUUGUGGAGCUCUGCUGUGAAGCUUAUAACAUAAUCCGACAGCGCUCUGCCCUGAUACUCAGCUUGCUGGAGCUAAUGCUAUGUGCAUGAAUGCCAGAGCUUAAAGACACCAAUGACCUGCAGUAUGUCCGGAACAACCUCAGACCUCAUGACACAGACCUGGAGGCCACAUCCUACUUUACAAAAAAGAUCAAGGAGAGCAUGGGCUGUGUUGCAGUCAAGUUUAACUUCCUCACACACAACAUGGCUCAAGGGAAAAAACAAGAACCGCUGACAAUGGAUGGCAUCCCCUCUCCCAGCAAUAACAUCCAAGAAGCUUUCAUCCAGGGAUACACCAUCAAUGGAAAAGAAGUGCUGUAUGACCUGAGAAUCAUCAUUCAUGAUGGGUUUCUGACCAGUGAGAAGACACUGGAGCAGUUUGAGCUGAUUCAUAAGCAGCUGCAGAAAUACUUCAUUGAAUCUAUGCUACCUCAGUUUCCUAGAUGGUAUAAGAUGUCAUUUACACCAGCCAAGAAGAUGAAGUCUCUGCUAAAUAAAUACCUGAAACAGCUUUUUGAAGGACCCUGCAAGGGAAAUGAAUAUGUGUGCAGCUUAUUCCUGGAUGGCCCCAGCACUGUCCAAAAAAGUGAGGUGACAGGAGCCAGACCUCAAAUCCAGCUGUGUAUAUCUUACUCGAACUGUAAGCUCUCGGUCUUGGUAAAGCACCUGAAGAACAUUAAGCAGGCAAAUGGCUCUAAUCCAGACGCCUAUGUGACCACGCGUCUGAGACCAGACCCUCAGCAGUCCUCCAAAAAGAAGACAAAGGUGGUUCGCAACAAUGACAACCCCACCUUCAAUGAAUUGCUGGAGUACAGUUAUGUCCCACUGCUGUAUGGGAUGGUGCUGGAAGUGACAGUGAAGAGCAAGAAGACUUUUGUGGCUGCAACCAACAUUAAACUGGAAGAUGAGUUGCUUGACAAGGAGAAAUGGUUUCCCCUUGGGAACUGUGCAAUCUGACCUCAGAGCUGCACCGCACACCUG